AUGGCGAGGCCCUCCUCGCCUUCCCCUCCCGCCUCGGCGCGCAAGCGGUCGCGCUCUCCACCGGAGGCGGCGGCGAAGCACGACCCCCGCCCCGCCGCGGCCGCGGCUGCCACCGCCACCGCUGCCGCUGCCUCGCCGGCGGGGUUCAUCUUUAUGUGCAACGGCGCAACGAAGCCCGAAUGCUACCGGCACAGGGUGCUCGGCCUGCCGCGCGGGAGGCUGGACGCGGUCUCGCGGAUCCGGCGCGGCGCGGCGGUCUUCCUCUACGACUUCGACGCGAGGUACCUCUACGGGCCCUACCAAGCUGACUCCGAUGGAGGGCUCCAUCUCGUCCCCGCCGCCUUCCACGGCCGCUUCCCCGCGCAGGUCAAGUUUAAGAUUGAUGGUGAUUUCAUGCCUCUCCCUGAGAGUAGCCUAAGAAGUGCCAUCAAUGACAACUAUGUCAAUGGGAGGUUCAACCCAGAGCUUACUGCUACACAAGUUGAGAAACUGAGGGCACUAUUUCAGCCAAUUACUUUACUUCCUGAAUCAGCACCCCGACAUGAUGUUGAUAACAGGCCCCCACCCCCACCUGGUGUUGAUCCACAUGAUGUUGAUAACUGGCCCCCUGCUCCUCCUCUUCUACCUCCUUCAGCUAACCCGGCACAACCACCUGCUUAUGUGCAUCAUCCAACUCCCUAUAUUGCUCCUCCGGAUGCUCAUUCGAUGCCACCUGAAGCCUAUCCACCUCCAUGUCCUUACCUGCCUCCGACUGCUCCAGGUAUGGUAACAGAAACUGGGUAUGGUUAUGGAGAUGGAUAUGAAGCAUAUCGUCCAUUUCAUUCUGCCUAUCGGUAUGUGCAAACGCCACCUUCAUGUUCUCUCUAUGCCCAAUACCCUAUGCCAGUGCAUGUCUCAGGUCCCGCUUAUUCUACUGGUCCCUACUAUGCUCCUUAUCAGAAUCAUCCAUAUCCAUAUGAACAUGGUAGUGUGAAUCAUCAUUACCAGCAAAGCACAUAUGAGAGAGCCCCCUAUUAUGGGUCCGGUUGGGGGUUCCCGAGGUGA